AUGUUGGCGUGCCAGGUACUGCUGGUUGAAGCAUGCACGCCCGCACUUGUUGAAAUGUAUACUAAAUUAUUUCAUUUGGAAAAGCCUUGCACAGAUACAAGGAAGAAAACGAUACAAGUGGGACGGAAUCCAGGUCGACUUGUGAUUGUACAUGAAUUUGGCGCACAUGACGAAUGCAGUGAUAGUGAUGAAUGCCCGGAAAAGAUUAAAUGCAAAGAUGGGUGUUGUUUGUGA